UAAUUUCUUUUCUUUGAUUGUGUCUUAAUUUGGUUUUUAUCUUAACUUCGAUUGAUUGAUUAAUUUUAUCGGAUUACUUGUUGUAGUUUAGUUUCCAUGUUUAAAUUGGUACUCGUCAUACUAAACAAGUUUGAUUGGUGAAAGUGAAAACAAUGACAACAUUUAAUUCAACAACAGUUUAACAUUAUCCUUGUAACAAUUAGAUCAUUUUGUUUAUCACAUUGGAAACCAAAGUGUUGACUGUUGGCUUAAUGUUCACCAUUGAAAUUAAUUUCAUUCGUUUCCUGAUUAUUUGGUGAUUAACUGUUUAUAAAUUAUCAGAAUCUUCCAUCUUUAUCUUCAUUCUCUCAUUUUAAUUCAUCUCACUUUCUCUCUCUGUGUCGCUCAUUCAUUUUUUUCUCAUCUUCUGUUUGCUCAACAAUUUCUCUUGUUUAUGUUUUUAAUUUUCUAUUUUGUUUCUUUGGUUAAUUUAUUGAUUGUUCGGCAACUAAACACCCAAAUCUCUCAUUUCUGAUUUACCAUGAAAUCCAUUGUUACUCUCGAUGAAUGUCUCAAAGAUUCACCUAAUUUCAGAUCAACGCUAAGCAAAAAUGAAGAUGAUAUCCGAAAAUUGGAGGAUAAGCUUGUAAAGGUCAUCAAGUUGUGUCAUGAUAUGAUAGAUUCGGCUGAUUCAUUCAAACGAUCCAAAGGCGCUUUCAUAAAUGGUAUUUUUGACCUGACGUUACAUUUUAAGGAGGACUUGCCCGUUUUUAACACUCUGACUGAGAUCAAUGAUACCAUGAAAAAAUUACUUCAUUACCAAAGUAUACUAGUCGAGCAAAUGGAUCGAGCUGUAUCUAAAAAACUAUCCGAAUUUGUUGAUAGAAAGAUAAACGAAUGUAAAAAGACUAAACGUCAUUUUGAUAAAAUCUCCGAAUCUUAUGAUGAAGCUUUGAUCAAAAACUCGCAAACACCCAAAAGUAAACCAGCCGAAUGUGAAGAUGUUCGUAACCUUUUAACGGCAACUCGUGGUUGCUUUCAGCACACUGCACUUGAUUAUAUACGACAAAUAAGCUGCCUUCAAUCACAGAAACGUUAUGAAGUCCUCGAUUCGUUAAUUCUAUUGGUUCAAGCCUGUGGAACAUAUUUUCAACAAGGUGCUGACCUACUCAAAGAUUUCGAUGUCAAAAGCGUUGUCACUUCGAUUGAAAAGAUGAAGGAAGAAACUCACACACUACAAAGAGAAUUGGAACAAAAUCAUUCGAUUGUAAACAAAAUGGAUUUAACUGCAACUCUUUCUGAUGGAGAUUCACUAAUUAGAUCUCAGGGUUACCUUUUUAAGAGGACAACCAAUGCUUUCAAAACAUGGAAUCGUCGAUGGUUCAUUAUCGAAGACAAUAAGUUAAAAUAUAAGAAGAAAAGUGAGAAAGAAUAUUCAACAAUGGAGGAAGAUCUUCGUCUAUGUAAUGUUAAGCCAGUAAUCGACAGUGAACGACGUUUUUGCUUCGAAAUAGUUUCACCUACAAGAUAUCAUAUUUUACAAGCUGAUUCAGAGGAAGCAUGUAGACAUUGGGUUGCCUCCCUUCAGGCUGGAAUUGACGCUGCUUACAAUGGCCACUGUAUCGGUGAUAAUUUUGAAACGAGCGAUUCAAUUGAUUCAAGUGAUACCAGUUUAAGUUCAAAUUCAUUACGAUCAGCAGGAAAUUUAUCUCAAAGUACUUCAGGAGGUGGUCCACCUAAACCUCCUCGAGUCCAUCCAAUUAUCACUGGUCUUCCCGGUAAUGAGUUUUGUGCCGAUUGUCAAUCAAAUGAUCCCAAAUGGGCAUCAAUUAAUUUAGGUAUCACCCUGUGUAUUGAGUGUUCGGGUGUACAUCGAUCUCUUGGUGUUCAUAUAUCCAAAGUUAAAUCAUUAAUUUUAGAUGCAUGGGACUCGGAGCAAAUUAAGUUAAUGUUAGCCUUGGGUAAUACGGUGGUUAACUCGUUCUAUGAGGAAAAAGUUGAUGAAACUAUUGCCGUUAGACCAAAUUCCUCAUCUAAUCCAAGUGAACGUGAACUUUGGAUUAAAGCCAAAUAUGUGAAGAAAGAUUUUGUUCUUAAAUCUCUUGAAUCUAAAGAUAAACACUCAACUCUUACAUCAAACGAUUUCACCAAUAAUUUGAGCGAAAAUUGUGAAAAUAAUACUAAUAUUGGAUCAUUUGAUAAUCGUCUUUCCAUUGAAUAUGAUGAAUUGAAUCAAUUAUAUGCUGUGAUUAAAGAGGCAGAAGAAGAGUUAACUCAUGCUGCUGGAAUCGAUGGUAAUUCAGUGUCCAUGGCGUCCAAUUUAUCACUUCAAUACAAAAACUAUUUCAACCUGAUGCUUUACUCUGCAGCCAAAGAUGCAAAUGCUCAAUUAAUGUGUAAAGCAAUUUGUAAAGGAGCCCAAGUUAAUUGGUCUAAUUAUGAUGAUGAAGGGAUGACACCUCUUCAUCAAUUAGUCUUAACUGGUUCAGUUCCCUGUUGUGAAUACCUUUUACUCAAUGGAGCCAAAUGUAACAGUCAAGAUUCAUUAGGGCGAUCUCCUCUUCACCUUGCAACCGAGAAAAGUGAUACUGGUAUUGUUUGUCUUUUAUUAAAACGUGGAGCUGAUCAAACGUUAAUUGAUCAGGAAGGUCGAGAUGCUUUAUCCAUUGCAGUUAAUAAUGCGAAUGCUGAUAUUGUUACAUUAUUACGAUUAGCUAAAUUAAAUGAAGAGAUGAGGAAUGAUGAAUACAGUCCGGCAAGUGAGGACAUUUUCAAUGAAGUGGUUCGAGAUUUUUCCCAUAAAGCAUCAAAUGAUUACGAGAAACUUAAACGACCUAAUGAUUGAUUAACGUCCAUUAAUUAACGAUUAAUCGAUUUCCAGUUUGAUCAAUAAACCUUUUCUUUUGGCGGAAUGGAAUUGAUUAACUGUGUAAAUAGUUAAUUACAAGAAUCAACUUCAAGACACGUUUUAAUCAAAAACAAAGGAAUCUUAAAAUCUUCACAAUCAAUUAACUGUGAUCAAUAUUUUUUUAAAUCAACUAUAAUCAUAUCUCAUCUAUUGAACCAGAUCAAUCUACUUUUAUUAUUAUAUACACUCAUCAUCUCAUUGGUAGAACAUAAUUAAUAUCCUAACAAUUAAGUCUCUACUAAUUGUUAACACUCACCUGACUUAACCUCUCACCUCAACAAGUUACCUGAUGUUUACCUUUUCCGGAAUCUAAUUUAGAUCUGCCUUAGAAAAAGAGACAAAUGAAACACAAAUGAAAUUAACUAAUUGCCUUAAUCAUUUGUUUCUAGGAAUUAAUAGAUCUACACCUCAACUAAUCAAUCAAUCAAUUAAUCGAGGUAGAGAGCGAGAGAGGAGAUAAUUAUUUGGUUCUAAUUGAAUCAGAUUUUAUAAAUAUAAAACAUACUCAUUGCAAAAAGUUAAUUACAAGAAUCAAGUAUUAGAUUAACGUUUUUAAUGGUUAACCUCAUCUAAUUGACAUGGAAAAAUCAAAUGAACCAAAUCAAAUCAACAAUUACUUGCCUUUUCUCAUCUAAUUGUUAAUCACUGGACAUGAUUAACCAACUCCUAAACCCGAAUCCAAACCCAAAUCCUUGAUCCUUUUUUUUAAUUAAUUAAUAUUUUUGAUCUGUUUGACUUUGAUUUUUGUUUCUAAAUUCAACAAUCAACCCAUAAUUGUGUAAAAAAUCAAUCACCUUUUUAAUUAACUGUAAUUUUUUAUACUAAACAAGAAUAUAUUUAAUCUAAUUAUCCCUGUUUGUAAUUUUAUCACUAGAAAUGUAUUAUUAUUUUUUAAUUGCAAAUAUAUUAAUAGAUUUAUAAAGCUGAAAA